CACAAUUUUAACACAGCCCAAGGUGACAUCAGGAAACUGCUCAUUUUCAGAAGAUAUUCAGUUUUCAGUUAUUUAAAACAAAGUAAAGCGGCGGGUACCUUGAACCAGCAAAAAUUUGGCGUUUUUAGCUAGGGGUGGGCAAUCUGAAGAUUUGAGAUCAUGAUCUAAGGCAUCCACGAUCUUCUUUUCAGGUGAAUCGUAGAGAUUGCGGUUUUUAAUGUCCUCUUACUUCUGUUUCCAAACUUCACAUAACCUCAUUGACUAGCGGAUCCAUGAACAAACCAAUAGAGUGCUGUAGCCAACUAGAUGGCUAUGCCAAUUGGACGAAUUACUUGUCUUCAUGUGGCUCUUCGUUGGGUGACGUAUUGUAAACAAUGCAAUUGAGUUGGGUAGCAGCCGGACAGAUGUACACAUACCCCGCCCGCUGCUGGAGAAAGAAGAGACGGCUGCACAACACCACGGAUCCCCGCCUGGGCAUCUAUGGACUCCAGCUCGACGGCAGCCUCAUGUCCAAGGAGACCUUGCCCACCCAGAGCACCACGCUGGAGGCUUUGCUUCGAGGAGAGGGUCUAGACAAGAGGAACAACUCCAAAAACGACGAGGAGAGUCUGCUGGAGAUCCAGAGGGUUCUAGAGGCAGAUGCAGCAGAAGAUGCUUUCAAUGAUGAUGACGACUACGAGGUGGACACUCCCAAGAGGAGACAUCGGGGCAAAGGAAGAGGCCGGGGUUCAGGCCGCAGGAGGACAGAUGUGGACGACGACAAGCCAUACGUCUGUGACAACAGAUACAAACAAAAGCAGAACUCCAAAUCUUCGACCUCAGUCUGUGCGAAGCGCUACAGGAACCGUACGGGACUAAGCUACCACUACACCCAUUCCCACCUGGCAGAGGAGAACAGAGCUGGAGAGAGAAGCUCAGUGGCGUCCAGAUCCCCCUCUGCACAACAAACUGACAGACACAAACGUCCAAAGGGUCCAGCUGGGACCAGCAUUUCCAACAACUACUGUAAUAAAUGCCAUGGCUCAAACAAGAAAACGGGUAAAUCGGGGUCUCCCUAUUCAGCCUGCCGAUGCAAAACUGACUGCGAAGAGGAGAAGGAAGAUGGGACUUUUACUGGAGCAGAGGAGCUGUUCGGCACCACCUCGGAGAGCGACACUUCAACCUUCCACGGCUUUGAGGAUGACGAGCUGGAAGAGCCCUCUACAAACAGCAAUGGAUUAUCCAACCGACACAGAUAGAAAACCUUUUAGAUUUAAAGAGACAAUUUUUUUUAGAUGGAUUAACCUCUGGCAAAAAUCUGCUGCUUCUUUUUCAAUGUUUUUUGUUUGCAGAAAGCACAAAGUGAUCAUUUCAGGACAGAAAUGCAAGUGGUAUUUUAUCUACUGAACAUUGUUGAAUAAUUUAUGAACACUUUUUUUUUUUUUUUUUUUUUUUUUAUAUAAAUAUAUAUAUUAACUUUGAAGGCAAUGAACAAAUGUCAGUGUUUCUAGACAAGUGACUCGGUCUCCUUGCAAAACAGAAGAUGUUUUUGGAGUGUUUUUUUCCCCCUCACUAGAGCAGAAGGAGCAUAAACGUUAUGAACAAAAAAAGAAAAACACUGGAGAAAUUUGAACAGUUGGCAUAAAGGCAUAAAUGAUUGGGAGAUGGAUGAAUGUCAUAGCAGACCCAUACUUGGCCUACGGGAUGUUUUUAAAUCUGUGGUCGCUGUGACUAAGAAGGUCUCUUCUUCUGCUCCAACUCUGGAUUAAACUUGAGUGAGAGAAAAUGAAGGAACCAAUGAAAGGACUGCCACAGGCCACUGGAAAUGUUUGGAGAUGAAGAAGCCUAUGAAUAUAGUCUUAACAGAUGUAGGGGACUUAAUAAAUGAAAGGAGUACUCAGCACAUGGGCAUGUGGCCCAUCAAUGGGGUGACCAGUGAAGAAGAGGAUUUCAUGCUCAAAAACUAAUGCAAAAACUAAUGAGCCUUCAUGUCCCUCCUGAUUUGGGCCUAAAAUAAUGGACUGAAAUGGAUGAAUAGAUAUCCACCACUCCUACAGGAUAUGUGGCUUAAUUGAAGCAACUGCUCCCCUGACAAUAUGUAUCGAUCCCUUCCGAACAUUUGAAAUGAGAGUAGAUCCAGCUUCAUUUCAUCCUUUUGUGCACUGUGCUGGAGCUCCACUGAACUAUGGGAACACUAAAGGCCAGGCCUUUGGACUGUUUGUGCCCAACGGGUGCAUUUGGGGCCCCUCGCGGCCCAGCCUGCCCACUCCUGCUCUGUGACUGUGUCCGCUGUGUGAUCAGAUGUGACACUAAGACGUCAUUAUCCUCAUCACUGUGCCAGCCUGCCGCUCUGCACUGGAAACCAGCUCUGACAGCCAUGACCCUCCAACCUGAUUGGAACGGUGACCCCCUGACCCCCAGCCAUAGAGAUGGUGCUCAAAUCCACCACUAUUACAUGCAGACCUCUGGACGACUACUACUACUACUACUGUACUCUGACAUGGACGCAAAAGUUUUACUUUCUGCUUCUGCCUCUGUCUGUUUUUGCUCUCUAUUUCCUGCGCCUCGCUGACUCAAAUGCGUUGCAGUAAUCUAGCAAAUGUUUUUGCAUCCUUUCUCUUGUAUAAUAUUUCUAUGUUUUGAACUCUUUAAAGUUUAAUUAGUAUGACUUCUUGGGUUUGUUCAGACUGUAUUGAUACCUCUGUCCUGAUCAGGUGCACAAUAGCCACAACUACUCAGGCAUCUUUCAUUUCCUCUGCUGUCAAUUGUUCAGCCACUCAUGUGAUUGUAUUCAGUUGGCACGGAGGGACAAUAACGCCACACAAGGAUCCCGUUAUAAUCAACUCCCAGGUGGGAUUUGGGAUGCUGCAGUCUCAUACUAUAGGAAAACAUCGCAAUAACAGAGCUUCUGUCUGGUCUCUGCUGACUUUUACCUGGUGUUACACUCGCCAUGCAAAGCCUCUCCACAUUCUGUUUAAAACCUACAUUCUCUAGAUUGUGACAACAGGGAGAAUCCUCUCCAAUGCGUUGAAAAAUAAUGAUGUUGCUAGAGAGACAUAACUCCACAUACUUGGUGAGAAGUGAAAACUGUAAAUCCAAGCUAUCUGUGACAUUUCCGUUGAGUGCUUUUGAGGGCCUAAUUGCUUUAUGACAUUUAGAAGGUGCUUGAAGUUCUGUAUCAAAAAGCCUUUUAGGUCCAUAGGUUGCACAGUCGUGUAAGAGGUCUGUGUCCUCCAUGUGAUUAUUCAGUAUCGCUGCAAUGUAAUAACAGCCGCUCUGUUUUUGAAGCUAACCAUUAUCCUAUGUGUGUGGUAUGACUUGUGCUUUCAAACCCCUUUUUGUCACUUCCCCUCAGGGAACCUCCCCACAGCAGUUUGUCUCCUCUGGUCAAAGAAUGGAUCUGAGACUUCUCAAGGAUCUUGUCUUCUUCUCUUGUGUCAGUUAAUGUAGUGUGUCCACACUAAAAA